AUGAGUGAACAAGUUGAGAAUAGUGAAAUUGUGAGGAAUGAGUAUGAUGUCGCUAAAACCAACUCGACAUAUCAACUCUCUGCAACUGAAAAUCCCGGUGGAAUCAUUGCUCAAGUGCAGUUCACUGGCGAUAACUUUGACGAAUGGGCGCAAGCAAUCAGAUCUGCUCUGCACGUGAAGAAGAAGUACGUCGAUGGGACAGUGGUGAAACCGAAAGAGGAGGCACCAGAGUAUGAGGACUGGAUGUCUGUCAACUCCAUCGUAGCGCUGUGGAUCCUCAAUACCAUUGAGCCGAAGAUGCUUUGGGAAGAUCUGUCCAAUUACGAUCAGUCACCAACGUGUCAAUGCAGCGGGUGUUUGUGUGAUCUGCGUGGUCAAUUGGAGAAGAAAAGGGAAGAUGAUAAGGUGCACCAGUUUCUUCUUGGACUCGACGAUGCAGUUUUUGGUGGACUCCGCACAACAAUAAUCAGCAGUGAGCCAUUGCCAAACUUGAAUCAGGUGUAUUCCAAAGUGAAAUCCAUGGAACGUGUUCGUACGGUGCUACGAAACCGUGAGGAGCAAGCAGGACAAGCAGAUUUUGCAGUCCAAACCUCUCGAACCCCUGAAGCAAUAGAAGACAAAAGAGCCUCUAAUCAUAUGACAAGCAGUUCUGCUUUUCUCAAUGAUAUAACCACAAUUUUAUCCUGUAAAAUUGGUCUUCCUGAUGGACAUGAGACUGCAACAGAUAAGAAAGGGACGUUGCGGUGUAAUCUCAUUUCUGUGUCACAACUCGUAAAGGACUGCGAUUGUGUGAUGCAAGUUGCUAACAUCGGGUGUGUGUUACAUGACCGUACAACGAGGAUGUUGAUUGGCGCUGAUGAAUUACGGGAAGGUCUCUAUUUCUUUCGACGGAUAGGAGUUUUGAAUGCCUUUCAUAUAAAUAAAGACGAAGCUGAGCAUACAUGGCUUCAACGGCUAGACCAUCCCUCUGAUGGAGUCUUUGAUUUGCUUCCUGUUGUUAGUAAACGUGUUUCUGAUUUUUCAUCUUGUGAUGUAUGUUUGCAAGCCAAACAAACCGGCGAUUCGUUUCAUUCCAGUAAUAAUAAAGCGUCGAAAUUUUUUGAAUUGCUUCACUUAGAUGUCUGGGGACCAUAUCGCUCCUCCAGUACAUGUAAUUCUCAUUACUUUUUCACCAUCAUUGAUGACUUCUCAAGCUGUACUUGGGUGCAUGUGAUGCAUGAUAAAGCUCAAGUCAAGACCAUUUUUCACAACUUUCUGAAAAUGGUUUUACGGAAAUUUGAUCAGAAAGUUCAAACUGUUAGAAGUGACAAUGGCACUGAGUUUCUUUUUGUAUGCACGACAUGUUUGCUGAACAAGGAAUACUUCACUAAACGUCAUGUGUUGCCACACCGCAGCAAAACGGUCGCGUUGAGCGGAAGCACCGUCAUUUGCUAA